UCCUCCACCCCCGCUGCUCGCUGCCGCACACCAUGAACGCUGCCAAGGCAUCCGCCGCAUUCGGCGGCGACGGGCCCUCGGCGCCGCCGCCGUCGUCGUCGUCGCCAUCGUCGUCGGCCGUCGCACUCGCCGAUGCCUCGGGGUCGGCGGCGCCGGCGCCGUACAAGGCGCGAGCGGCGCGCAAGCAGAUCACCACGGCGCGCCUCGCCGCCAUCCGCCAGGAGGCCGACAAGAGCGGCAACACGGGCCAGGCCUACAACAUCUGGUACAACAAGUACAGCGGUGGCGAGCAGGGCGACAGCAUGGGCAACAAGACCAAGGCACAGACGCGCUGCGACGUCGCGCGCGACGCCGGCUACACGCGCGGCGACAGCGCCGCCGUGCGCCCGUACAUCUGUCUCUUCUUUGCGCGCGGCUACUGCCCGCUGGGCUCGGAGUGCAACCACCUGCACCGGCUACCGGCCGCCGCCGGCAUCUCGGAGCAGGGGCGCGACAUCUUCGGGCGCGACAAGCACGGAGACUACCGCGACGACAUGGGCGGCGUCGGCUCGCUGCAGCGCGUCAACCGCACGCUGUACGUCGGGCGCAUCAUCGAGGAGGCCGACUCCUUCUCGCGCCCGCAGAGCGCCGGCGGCGGCGGCGCCAAUAUGCCCGCCGGCGGCGGCGGCUGGGCCGGCGGCAAGGUGCUGCAGCAGGCCAAGGCCAGCAGCGGCGCGGGCGGCAAGCUGCGCAAGGAGGGCAAGGAGCAGAUGUCGGGCACGGAGCGCGUGCUGCGGCGGCACUUUUCCGAGUGGGGCGAGAUUCAGCGCAUCAAGGUGCUGCACACGCGCUCGUGCGCCUUCGUCACGUACGUGCACGAGGCGCAGGCGCAGUUUGCCAAGGAGGCCAUGUCCAACCAGUCGCUCGACCACGACGAGGUGCUCAACGUGCGCUGGGCCACCGACGACCCCAACGAGGGCGCGCAGAAGCGCGACCGCGACGAGCGCGAGAGUGAGGGCCGCGCGGCCAUCGAGCGCAACCUCACCGACGAGCAGCGCGCCGCAGGCGCCGCGGUGCGCGCCCUCGAGAUGGCCGAGCUCGAGGAGGAGAGCGACGCCAAGCGGCGGCGCCUCGAGGAGGAGGCGUACGCCAAGCUCGUCGAGGAGAACGAGCGCAACUGGGCGGAGAUGGAGGCGCAGGAGAUGCUGCGCCUGCAGGCCGAGGAGGAGGCGGCGCUGCAGCAGCAGACGAGCCGCUUCGUGAGCCGCGAGGCGCUCGGCGGGCUGCUGGCGCUGCGCAAGGAGCCGCCGCCUCCGGCGCCGAAGCAGAGCGCGCUCGGCGGGCUGGCGGCGUACGGCAGCGACAGCGAGGAGGAGUAGCCGGCAAUCGCAUCCACUUGCAGGCUACAGCGUCUGGUGCUGCAUGAGGUG